UAGUUGCAAUAUUCAGUAACUUGGUGGAAGGGUAAUAGGUAUCCAUGCUACCAGUUCACAUGAAAUAUUGUUUAAAUGGGAGCACAAGAUUAAAUGACUUGAUAUAUCCAGCCUUAAGUUCCAGUCUUGAAACUUGUUCCAGUGCCAGAGUGGAUGCCUUAAAGCAAGGGAAAGCUGGCAUCACUGCAGUGCUUGCAUGCAGUGCUGUCCCUGGAAAUCUGGAAUUUGCAAGGUUGAGUUCCAGAAAAUGAGGUUGUGGUAGCUUUGAGAUUUUAUAAAUCAUAGAAUAGCUGGGUCAGAAGGGGCCAGGAAGGCUUUCGGGUCCAACCCCCUGCUGGUGCAAGACGCCUGUUAGACCAGCCCACUCAGAUAACUCUAAUUUGUCAUCCUGUCAAGCAAUGCUCAGGAAUGUUAUAUGCUAGCUAAAUGCCCAUACAUUUUGACAGGAGCAUGCAGCAAGGAGAGCUGGUAAUCCAUCUCCUCCUUUGACCCACAGAGCUUAGUAGAGGCCACCCAGAACGGGUCGGCUCUUCCUCCUAUUCCCUCUGUGGGAGUAAGGGACAAACCCAUUAUGAAGAGUGAUCUGGUUUUCUUUGUCUCUGUAAUUAGCCUUGCCUUCCUGUCUUUGCCAAGAUCUGGAUAUGCUCAGCAUAUUGCAGAAGAAUCCUGCUCUGUUCAGAUUCUGGUUCCAGGCCUCAAAGGGGAAGCUGGAGAAAAGGGGGAGAAAGGUGCCCCAGGCCGCCCAGGGCGAGUUGGACCUCCAGGAGAAAAAGGAGAAAUGGGGGACAAAGGACAGAAAGGUAGCAUGGGGCGCCAUGGAAAAAUUGGGCCCAUUGGUUCAAAAGGAGAAAAAGGAGAUAACGGUGAUGUAGGCCCACCUGGCCCUAAUGGAGAUCCAGGAGUUCCUUGUGAAUGUGUCCCACUACGGACAGCCAUUGGCAAAAUGGAUAACCAGGUGACACUGCUGACAACUGAACUGAAGUUCAUUAAAAAAGCACUGCCCUCCCCUGCAGCUGUUGCUGGUGUGCGUGAGACAGAUAAUAAGACCUACCUGCUGGUGAAAGAGGAGAAGAGGUAUAUGGAUGCCCAACUCUACUGCCAGGGAAGAGGAGGAACACUGAGCAUGCCCAAGGAUGAGAGUACCAAUAGCCUAAUUGCGUCUUACAUCAGUCAAGCUGGCCUGAGUCGAGUUUUCAUUGGCAUUAAUGACCUAGAAAAAGAGGGCAAUUUUGUGUAUUCUGAUCGAUCGCCUAUGCAAACCUUCAACAAAUGGAGUACUGGCGAGCCAAAUAACGCUUAUGAUGAGGAACACUGUGUCGAAAUGAUAGCCUCAGGGCGGUGGAAUGAUGUGGCCUGUCAUAUUACAAUGAAUUUUGUUUGUGAAUUUGACAAAGAAAAUGUCUAGAAAAAAUCCCAUUUUCCUAUCCUGUACCACACCUGAACAUACCAUGAAUAACUGGUGAAAUCCAAACCUGCAAAAAUUAACAGUGAUCCAUUUCUGUAUUUCAGUAUGAAUGUGCCCUCUUCCAGGAUUCUGAUUCUUUGCCAGGAAAUGUGCAACGAGGGAGGGUGUGUUUCCUGGGCUCCCCUCUGUCACCGUUUCCAUCGCCUUCUACAUAUGGAGGGCAAUUUCUGAAGGGAAGAGUUUCCACUAUGCAUGGUGGUUCUGCACAGCAUUUAGAACCUUGCACAACUGGGGUUUGAAGUCAUGUGAAGAGUCUUCAUGGAGAGAAGAGGUUUUCCUAUUCAGAAAUUCUCUCUGUGUGUGAAGGUGAUGGAAGAGGGCAGAACUGGUGCACUGCCCUCCUCACACUGAACAGGACACGUGUGAGGGAGAGAGAAAUAGGCACACACCUUAGGAGGUCUAGACACAGCUUAUUUUGCCCACUGAUAAUGUGGACUUCUUCGUUCAUUUUCAGCUCUACAGUCAUUUCCAAUUAAUUCUUUUUGUUCUUACUGUUUUCCUGGCAGAGCUCCUCUUUGCAUGGUGAAGUAGGAACAAUCCACUUCCCCAUUUGUUAUACUUGACGUACCACCAAGCAAAGAAGAGUGUUCUUGAAGACAGUUGAUCAUCUGCAACUAAGUGAUUUGGCACAACCCAUUGAAAAGUUCCCUUUUGCAAGCCCCAUUAAAAUUAAGGCUGUCUCCUGCAUUUCACUUGCACAGGAGAGCUUUCCAAUGGAUUACCCCCCCCCCCAAAAAAAAAACAAAACAAAACAAAACAAAAGCAGGCCAAGAUGUCCAUAGGAACUGGCAUAUCUGAACAGGGUAUAUGCUACAAGUAGCACUGAGGAAUUAAGAAACAAUGAAGGACAAAUGUAAGCUUUUAAGGGUUCUCUCCAAUGUCACACUAGCAGAAAAAUUACAAGGUUGGCAUUUUUAGGCAACCACUAGCAGAAUUACAAUCAGAACUUCCACAAUUAAUGCAAGUAACAGAGUCUAAUGAAGUUAAAAUGCCCUGCACAGGAGAAAUCAAAGUAUUGGAUUUGAUACUUUCACAAAGAUGAAGUAAUAAAAUUUUGUGCUGAGGAGGGAAAUUAGUCUAUCAGUCUUUCCUAAGACCUAUCCUAAUUACUCUUUGUUGAUAAAAUAUUAUAAUGCUAUUUUUAAGAAGUAUAUGAUGUUAGUAUUGUACAGCUGUAAAUAUAAUCUAGGUAUUUCAAAUAUCAAUAUUUACCCUUCAGAAGGGAAGAGAAGAGUAGACAUGGUUUGCAUUACUUUAAAGAAAUUAUGCCAUAAUCAAACUCAGAACAGACAUGCAUAGACCACUUGAAUUCAGUGGGCUUAAACUUGCUUAGUUCUGAUGGAUUAGAAACUAUAAGUCCUUAGUAUGCAUCGGAUCCUUUGUUGAGAUUAUCAAGAGAUGUAAAACUACAGUGAAAAACGUAAGUGCAGUUUUUAGUUUACUAGUUUUGAAGACUGUUCCUGGUUUCUGUUUUUAAAAAAUCUGUUAACAGUCUUGUGCUAUUGCAUUCCAUCCGCUUUCCCUAACUUGGCAUACUCCAGAUGUGUUAGACUAUAACUGGGGCAUUCUGGGAGUUGAAAUUCAGUACAUCUGGAGAGCAGUACUUUGGGAAAAGCUGACAUACAUUUAAAAUAUCUUACAAAGAGUCUUUAUCAGUUUCUCAGUACCAGUAAACUAGUUCCUUAGACCUUUCAUUAUACUUAAAAAAUUCAGACUAUUGCAAAUAUGGGUAUACUGCACUGAGCUUAUUGGGUUCUAUUGUUUGAGUAGAUUUUAAUUCAUUGUAUCAUGAGAAUUGGAAGUAGGAAAUGAAUUGCAAAAGUAUUUGCAGAACAUGAAUCCAGAUUCUAUACUUCUUAUGUAUUUCUAGGCUUAGAGCAGAGCUUGGCACUGAGGUUUGGUGACCAGAAUAAUUUACAAAAGAUCAGUCAGAUUCCAGAUGACCUGCUCUGUCUAAAGCAAUCUCAGUGGACACAAUCCUACUUUGAAUUGCACGUGAAUCAAGUCCAUUGAAAUCAGAGGGAUAUUUUGCAUGAAAUUAGAUGUAAAUUAGUGGACUAUUUUGUCUAUAUAUUUUGUCUGUUUUGUUUGCAUGCUGUCAAAAUUGCUUAAAGAAAUUUACAAAGAUGUGCCACAAAAUUUUGGCUAUUCAGUGUUUUAAACUCAUCUUAUCCUUACAUUUGCCAGUGUACACAUAUGGAUAAAAGAAAGUGAAGAUUUUCCCCACAGAUAUUCAGUGGCAGCAAGUUGACUCUUAUCAACUUAAUGAAUGUUAUCAAUUUACUCCACCUGAGAAUGAGUCUGGUUACAGCUGUAGAUUGGCCCUUUGUGAUGCUUUGUAGCUUUAAUUAUGAUUACUGAGGCCUUAAUCCCAUGAUAGAAUCAAUCCAAUUGCAUUUUCUUCUAGCCUGGUUGGAAAUCAAGGAAGGAGCACAUGAAAUGGUUGAAAUUAAAAUUGUAAUUUAUUUCCCAGUUCAUCUGCAUAAAUAAAUCCACCUGAAGUCAGAUGUAAAUCCCAGUCCUAUGUAUUAGGUAUUAAUUUAGCUGGCUUCUCAAGUUUGUUUGUGCUGGAACUGAACUGAGAUACAUUUAUUAAUAUGGGUGACCAUACUGAGUCCAGCAGAUGAACAUUAAUUAAAAUUGGUUAACUCUCAUAGCUUGAGGUUUGGGACCAGGCUUACUCUUUUUCCUUCCACAAAAAGUUAGAGUUGGCACAUAAUGGCCAGCACAGACGCUUUUUGCUUUUAAAAACCUUUUGGGUUACUUUGAGUAAGCCAGUGUGCUGGUUUAAUGGCUUCUGAGUGGUCCCCCUUCUCAGCAGGAGUGGGUAAAUAAGUCAGGGCCCAUUUGAAGUUCUGAACCAGGAACUCUGACAUGUUAUCCAGCAACAAUCCUUUGUUUGGGACAGAACAAGGCAGUGUUCCUGGUUUAGACAUCAUGCUAACCAACCCAGGGCAGGAGGAACUAAGUGGGUGCAAUUGAACUGCCUGUACCAGUUUGCUGGUUUGCUCACAGGUUGCUGUGAUGUGUGAGCAUUGAUUUGUAGCUCUUUCUAAGCAGCACAAGACAACGUUCAGUUAAGUAAUGUGUUUCUACCUAUGCAUAAACUCUAUGUGCUAAGUGAGUAUCAACAAUUUGCAUAUUCGCUAUGACCAAUUAUGCCUCCAUUUAGACUCACUUUGCUAUAUGGUCAGAAUGCAUUUUUGUAAACCUCAUUUUUUUGUUUUUGUUUUUAAAUUGACAUGUUUAUAACUUUUCCUGUGAGUUUCAGAACUCUUCUGUACCACACAAGAGUCCAUCAUGCAAUCACAUAGUAUUCAAGCCCUUCACCCUUUCCCAGGAAGUUUGUGGUUUUAAACUUAAAUAUUUGUCCUGUUGUGCUUAUUAGAAAUAAUUUGCUCAAGUCAAUGAAUGUGGUGAACGGCUAAAACAGUAAGCAAUAUGUGAUAAUAUCCUGGGAGAAAUUCAUGUACCUGGGCAAUUGCAGUUCUGCGCAUACUUCAAUGGUACUAAGUCCCUCUGAAGAAAAUAGGAUUCACAUUGAAGUAGAUAGAUGCAGAAUCACAUUGCAACACUAACCUUAUCUACACUGAUUUUAAUGGACUUCUAAGUAAGCAUGUGCAAGAAAAGUCAUAUGUUAUUAUUAAUAUUAUUAUAUUGCAUUUAUAUCCCACCUUUCUUCCUCUUCCAAGGAAUACAGUGUGGCUUAUAUAAUUACAUAGUUCAUAUAAUAUAAAUGUGUUGAUACCGAAACAUUCCAAUAGCUAUGACAAAAACUGAGUGUGCAUCUGUAAAUUGUACAGAUUGUACAAUUGUACACCUGUAAAUUGAAACUGAACUUUGAUUAGGUUCUCUACAUGUGGAACAUGGGACAUAAAUAUUCUGUUGUGUUUUGGGUAUUGUUUGAUUAGUGUAAUGUUACACAAGUCCUCUUUUUAAAUAGUGAAAGUGUACCUGCUGGUACACGAAACACAAAUGACAACUAAUUUAUAGUGAUCCAAUUAAUAAGUGGUUUUGUUUAUAACAGUUUUGCUCUUUAAAGUAUGACAGCAUUUGAAAUUUAUUGUAUCAUUUUAUGCUUAAUGAAAUAAAUUGUUUUAUUCCAAAA